GGACAGGGAAAACAUUGAACAGGAAAUGUAAAUGCGUGAGAGAAGAGGAAGAUUAAAAAAGAGAGAACCUUUUGCUUUUCUUUUAUGUAACGUGUAGUAUAAUAACCAGUCAUUUUCCAGCAAAUAUCCAUCUGCCGUUUUCUUCAUGGUCUCACCACGUGACUCAAGCUCUCUGGUCCUUCUCUGCCCAUCCCUUCCUGUGCCUAAUCCCUUGAUAAAUUAAUCGAUAAUCUUUCUUUUUUCUUAAGUAAAUUCACAUGGUUAAGCUAAGCAAAGAGCCACAGACAUUGACAAAUCUAAGCAAAUCCAAGUCCCUUCUCUCCCUGCUUAUAGUUUUGUAACAUAUACGGCUCCUGGCCGCUAAAACUGUGUGCCCAGAUUGGAGAGGAAAGAAGCAAGCUUUUGGAGAUAUAUUUUGGAAGAUGGGGUCUUGAGUUUAUCUUCAACUGGCUACAAAGGUACUAUAUCUUUUGUACUGUGCUUAUUCUUUUUGCCUUCAAUCAAAGAAGUUCCAAAAUUGUUAAAUAUAAGCCUGCUUUUACUGGCAAAAUGAGGGACUUUCCUUCUUGUUUUGGCGAGAGUGGAGUUCAAGUAGCUGAUUCAUCUUCGUCAAGCACAACAAAAGCUGCUCAAAAUUUGGUCACUUGUGUCUAUCAAUGUAAAUUGCGUGGUCGUUCUUGUUUAAUUACUGUUACUUGGACCAAGAAUCUCAUGGGCCAAGGUGUCGGGGUUGCAAUUGACGAUUCAAAUAGUCAGUGUCUUUGUAAAGUUGAUAUAAAACCUUGGCUGUUCUCUAAAAGAAAAGGGUGCAAGAAUUUAGAGGUAGAUUCUGACAAGGUAAUUAUAAAUUGGGACUUGUCCAAUGCUAAAUUUGGUUCUGGGCCGGAGCCUUUGGAAGGGUUUUAUUUGGCCAUUACUUUUAAUCUUGAAAUGGUGUUACUUCUCGGGGACAUGAAGAAGGAAGCAUACAAGAAGAUUGAAAGUUCUCCGGUGCAUUCCAAGGCCAUUUUCAUCGCUAGAAGAGAGCAUAUUUUUGGGAAGAAGUUCUAUAGUGCAAAAGCUCAGUUUUCUGACAAGGGCCAGAUGCAUGAUGUUACAAUUGAAUGUGAUACAUUUGAUCUUAAGGAUCCCUGUCUUGUGAUCCGCAUUGAUAGUAAGGUGGUAAUGCAGGUCAAAAGACUGAAAUGGAAGUUCCGGGGCAACUAUACUAUAUUGGUGGAUGAGCUCCCAGUUGAAGUGUUUUGGGAUGUUCAUAAUUGGCUAUUUGGUAAUGCUAUGGGCAAUGCAGUUUUCAUGUUCCAAACUUGCUUAUCAUCGGAGAAAUUAUGGACCAAUCAAUCCAUUUUCGAUCCCUCUGUACUGACCUGGUCAUCCUCGCAGAAACUCAGAGACUGCCAAUUGCAAGGUCUUGGUUUCUCCCUUAUAUUGUAUGCUUGGAAGAAUGAAUAAGUUUUUUCCUCCAUCGAGUCUUAUCAGAUAGGUCCUGCAAUGUAUUUUUUUUUAUUUGAAGAAUGAUGUGAUAUAGAUACAGGUUUUGCAAUUGGAAGUUUACCCAUUCCUUUCUUUUUC